UCGCCAUUGGUUCCCGGCCUCGACCCGCCUCCAAUUUUAAAAGGGAUUAUUGCACCCCUUUCCCUUCCCAGGUGGGGGGAAGGGGGUGGGGAGCCGAGGAGCGCGCCGAGAGGGCAGGUCUGGGACGAGGACAAGCGCGGCGGGGAAGCCCAGGUUGAGGCCAUGACCACUUACACACGGGAGGAGUUCUACCAGCAGCUGCUGAGUGGCUGUGUGUUGCCCACUGCUCAGCAGGGCAUUGAACAGGUGUGGACGCUUCUGCUCUUGUGCCUAGUAUGUCGUAUCCUUUGGAGACUCGCCCUGCCAUCUUAUGCCAAGCACCUGAGCACAGUAGCCAGUGGCUUCUAUGCCCUCUACCACUUCUUCCAGCUGCAGAUGGUUUGGGUCGUACUCCUCAGCCUCCUAUGCUACCUUGUCCUGUUCCUCUGUCGCCAUUCCACCCAGCGCGGUGUCCUGCUUUCCAUUACCAUCCUCAUCUAUUUGCUCAUGGGGGAGAUGCAUAUGGUGGAUACUGUGAGUUGGCAUAAGAUGAGAGGUGCACAGAUGAUUGUGGCCAUGAAAGCUGUGUCACUGGGAUUUGAUCUUGACCGAGGCGAUGUGCCAGCCAUCCCCUCGCCAGUUGAGUUCAUGGGAUAUAUCUACUUCGUUGGAACAGUUAUCUUUGGACCCUGGUUCCGCUUCCGCACAUACUUGCAGGCUGUGGAGAGCAGGAAAAUGAGCUUUUCCUGGUUCCGGAAGGUCUGCGUCAGCUUCUUCCUCUGCCUUGUGUGCCUCAUCACAUCCACUUGCGUCGCUCCUUAUCUGUUUUCUUACUUCAUACCCCUCUACAACUACAAGCUACUCAGGAAGAAGCGCAAAACAAGAAGCACCAUGGUGAGAUGGCUGCGGGCUUAUGAGAGUGCCAGCUCCUUCCACUUCAGCAACUACUUUGUGGGCUUCCUGUCCGAAACCACAGCUACGCUGGCAGGCUCUGGCUUCACCGAGGAGAAGGACAAUUUGAAAUGGGAUCUGACAGUAUCUCGGCCACUGAAUGUAGAGCUACCACGUUCUAUGGUGGAGGUGGUCACCAGCUGGAAUCUCCCUAUGUCCCGUUGGCUCAACUCCUAUGUCUUCAAGAACUCCCUGAAACUGGGAACCUUCUCGGCCAUCAUUGUAACUUAUGCAGCUAGUGCUCUCUUACAUGGACUGAGCUUCCAUCUGGCUGCCGUGCUGUUAUCUCUGGGAUUCAUCACUUACAUUGAACAUGUUCUCCGGAAGAGGCUUGCCGUCAUCUUUGAUGCCUGCAUACUCUCCAAGAAGUGCCAGCCAGGAUGUUCGCAUCGCAACAACACGAAUCUGUGGGUGAACCUCCUUAAUGUGCUCUUUGGUGCUCUUGCGGUCUUCCACUUGGCUUAUCUAGGCUCAUUAUUUGACAUGGAUGCAGAUGACUCUGUGGAAGAACAGGGCUAUGGCAUGUCAUACACCAUCCGCAAGUGGUCUGAACUAAGCUGGACCAGCCACUGGGUGACUUUUGGUUGUUGGGUCUUCUACCGUCUCAUCAGCUGAACCUCUCUGUGGGCUUGAGGGGAGAUGGAGCAGGAGGAGAAGGCAGGAACUGAGGUCCCUGUGUCCUCCAAAAACCUUGGAUGCCCUUUCUGGGCUUGAGUGCUCUGGACAUUAUGGAGCCCUUUUCCUCUGGGACAGAUUGAGGGAAGGGGCCCCUUUGUCAGGAUAAACUUUGCGUCAUGUUGCAGGAACGUUCCUUCUCAUCUCCUUCAAAAGGAAGUCAUUUAUGACCCACAUAAAAAAUGAAUGUUGGGAAAGGUAGCCCUGGUAAAGCUACCUUUUCUUUAGGUACAUAAAACAAAGGAAAUCCUUUUGGGUUUUUUUCCUUGAAGGAAUAAUAUGUUACCACCAGGACAUUGCUUUAUGAUACUAUGGUUCUACUGGCCUAUCCAUGCCCAUCUUAGGCUCCUCAAGUGGCUAUUUGUAGAAACUCCACCAACUCUCCUCUUUGUAUGACUUUAUUCAAUGAUUUUAUUAUAACUACAGCCAGCCCUCUACAUUUGCUGAAUUUCUGUCUAGAUAUGUCUCCAUGCAGUCAUGCCGGCCACAUGACCAUGGAGGUGUCUAUGGACAACGCUGGCUCUUCGGCUUAGAAAUGGAGAUGAGCACCAACCCCCAGAGUCAGACAUGACUGGACUUAACAUCAGGGGAAACCUUUACCUUUUUAUGUCUCCAGUACAGCUCUUGCAGUGGAAGUAGACCAUGGAAUCACACUGGAGGACCUAGAAAUUCCUAAAGAGACAAUAUGAAGGGUUAAACCCACAAAUGAAGAAGGCUGACUGUAUUGUCCUACUGUUUUCAUGCAUGCUAUCUUAUUCCUUUCUGUGGCUGGUUGUGGAAACCACACUCUUUGCUGUCAUGGUAUCCCAAUUAUCCUUGAAGUUGCUGUCUUUUUUUAGCAGUAAAGCCUGAUAACUGGUCAACUAGAGCAGUGAUCUUUCAAACAGUAUCUGGGUUCUAAAGUAUUCCCUUUCCAUAAGUUUAGAUUUAGCAGUGUUGUAUAUAUAAUUUGCAUUUCUAAAGCUCUGUUAUCAAAGGCUUUGAGGGUUCUAUUUUUUCCUGUUAGUGGCAGAAAGAAUGAACAGAUGGAAGGGAGGACUGGGAGAACAGCUUGAAAAAAAAUAACCGUACUUUCAAGAAUCCGUUAAGUUGUACUUUUAAAAGGAUAAUUUUUCCAAGCUCUUGUUUGGAGUUUGGGGGUAAGCAAUUGUUAGCCAUCCAGAAGAAUUGAGGAAAUUAUGCAGGAUACUGGGUUUCGUAUUUAUCUUUUUCUUUCGUAAGCAUGUGAGCUACAAACUUGCUCCAUUUUUUUUCUCUGAUUGAAAAUUAAAGGGUACAGAAUUCUGCCUUGUUGCUCAAAAUAAUUUUCAGCCUCAGGAUAAUAUUGUUCUGGCUGAAUUCAUCUGGAAUAAAGUUCACUCUCAUUCCAGGCAUAUUAAUAUGAAACAGACCUACAUCUGCUUCCUGAUUACAGGAGUGGAGAGUGGCAGUGGGUUUUUUUUAGCUUUUUAUCACAUUCACCGGAUGAUUUCUGCAGGAUAUAAUAAUGUAAUCAUUCUUGGAAAGCAAUUUAAAUAUGGUUAGUUCUUUAAAGUGGUUCUAUAAGGCAUCAUCCACCAAUGUGGCAAAAGGGGGUGGUAAUAAGCCUGGAUAACACAAUUGAAUUGUACUAUAUCAGAAUGCAGUUGGCAAUCUCAUUAUUAAAAACAUCGACUUAAAAACAUA